UGUGGCGCUCGAGUGCGCGCACGUCCUGCCGUUUGUGCCUGACGUCAGAACGCCUUUGAGAUCAAAAUGUUUAGGAGUGUAGUGCUAGGGCAGAGCUCCGGGGAUUUUCAGAGGAAGAAUUGGUGUAAACGUAGCUACCUGUGGUAAACCUUUACUAAAGCCUCAGAUUAGAGUAUAGGAAUUUACUAUCGCUCGAGUUAGAAUCUUAUGUCAGUCCUAAGUAGACAGUGAGAUAUUUUUCCGGAGUGAUGUCGAAUCCGGGGACUCGAAGGAACGGGUCUAGCAUCAAAAUCCGACUGACAGUGUUAUGUGCCAAGAAUCUGGCAAAGAAGGACUUCUUCCGGCUCCCUGACCCUUUUGCCAAAGUAGUAGUGGACGGGUCUGGACAGUGCCAUUCCACGGACACGGUCAAGAGCACAUUGGACCCCAAGUGGAACCAGCAUUAUGACCUAUACAUUGGGAAAUCAGACUCUAUAACCAUCAGCAUUUGGAAUCACAAGAAGAUCCACAAGAAGCAGGGGGCGGGGUUCCUGGGCUGCGUGCGACUCCUGUCCAACGGCAUCAGCCGGCUGAAAGACACCGGCUAUCAGCGGUUGGAUCUAUGCAAACUUAACCCCACCGACAGCGAUGCAGUACGUGGCCAAAUAGUAGUGAGCUUACAGACCCGGGACCGGAUAGGAAGUGGGGGACCUGUUGUGGACUGCAGAGGACUGUUAGAAAAUGAAGGGCCAGUGUAUGAAGACUCUGGCCCCGGAAGACCUCUCAGCUGCUACAUGGAGGAGCCCCUGCCCUACACAGACAGCACUGGGGCGGCCGGAGGGGGCAAUUGCCGCUUUCUGGAAUCGCCCAAUCAGGAGCAGAGGCUCCAGGCACAACGGAUCCGCAAUCAGGAGGGCAGGGGCCAUGCACACACACCUCAGAACCGACCGCACGGUCACCAGUCACCCGACCUCCCCGAAGGUUACGAGCAAAGGACAACGGUCCAGGGCCAGGUUUAUUUUCUGCACACUCAGACCGGCGUAAGCACCUGGCAUGACCCACGAAUACCACGGGCCCCGCGCUCCAGGAGCAGCUGCAGUGUAGCGCCUCAAUGCUGUUCCUCCUUCAGGGACCUCAACAGUGUGAGCUGUGAAGAUCUAGGACCUCUGCCCCCGGGCUGGGAGGUCAGGAGCACAGUGUCAGGAAGGAUUUAUUUUGUCGACCACAAUAACAGAACAACACAGUUCACCGACCCCCGGUUGCAUCACAUAAUGAGUCAGCACUCUCAGGUUAAGGAGUCGAGCCAGGGCCUGCUGGGGCAGACGGAGGUGCCGGUGGAGGAGGGGAGCGGAGGCGAGGGGGAGGUGCCCGUGCGCUAUGAGAGGGACCUGGUGCAGAAACUGAAGCUCCUCAGGCACGAGCUCUCCCUCCAGCAGCCCCAGGCCGGGCACUGCCGCAUCGAGGUGUCACGCGAGGAGAUCUUCGAGGAGUCCUACAGGCAGAUAAUGAAGAUGAGGCCCAAAGACCUGAAGAAGAGGCUGAUGGUGAAGUUCCGCGGAGAGGAGGGACUAGAUUACGGAGGAGUGGCGAGGGAAUGGUUGUAUCUCCUCUGCCAUGAGAUGCUAAAUCCGUACUAUGGCCUCUUCCAGUAUUCCACCGAUAACAUCUACACUUUACAAAUCAAUCCUGACUCUUCUAUCAAUCCUGAUCACCUGUCUUAUUUCCACUUUGUGGGACGGAUCAUGGGUCUGGCUGUGUUCCACGGACACUACAUCAACGGGGGCUUCACCCUGCCUUUCUACAAGCAGCUCCUGGGGAAGCCCAUUCAGCUGUCUGACCUGGAAACAGUCGACCCUGAACUGCACAAGAGCCUGGUCUGGAUCCUAGAGAACGACAUUACGCCUGUUCUGGAUCACACGUUUUGCGUAGAGCACAAUUCAUUUGGAAAAUUCCUCCAGCAUGAACUGAAGCCAAACGGCAGGAAUAUCCCAGUCACAGAGGAGAACAAAAAAGAAUAUGUAAGGCUGUAUGUCAACUGGAGGUUUAUGAGAGGUAUCGAAGCUCAGUUCCUGGCCCUGCAAAAAGGCUUCAAUGAGUUAAUUCCACAGCAUCUGCUGAAGCCGUUCGAUCACAAGGAGCUGGAGCUGAUCAUCGGGGGCCUGGGGAAGAUCGAUCUGAACGACUGGAAAUCCAACACCAGACUGAAGCACUGUGUGGCUGACAGCAACAUCGUCAAGUGGUUCUGGCAGGCGGUGGAGUCCUUCGACGAGGAGAGGAGAGGGCGGCUGCUGCAGUUUGUCACAGGCUCCACGCGCGUGCCCCUGCAGGGGUUCAAAGCACUGCAAGGUUCUACAGGUUCAGCAGGACCAAGAUUGUUCACUAUCCACUUAAUAGAUGCCAACACGGAUAAUCUGCCCAAAGCCCACACCUGCUUCAACCGCAUCGACAUCCCGCCGUAUGAGUCCUAUGAGAAGCUCUAUGAGAAGCUCCUGACCGCGGUGGAGGAGACCUGCGGCUUUGCGGUGGAGUGAGGCCUCUUAGCAAAGCUACAGUUAGACACGAGGAGUGACCCAGCCUUCCAGUGAAGGAGCAGAGUCUAGAGGCUUCCAGGGCAGCAGCAUGGAGUGGGACAUCAGCGAGAGGGAGACUUGGAGCCCCGUCACCGGGAAAGCGGCAACAAGGCUGCCGAAGAUUCAAACCUUAAACGCUUCCAAAGAGUCAUUUAUUCUUUGUGAGGUUUGGGGGGACUGUGUGUGUAUAAGUGAAGUUUCACUAACAACAACAGAAAAGAUGGCCCUUUCUCCAAACUCCUGCCUGUGCCAGCAAAGCCACUGAAGUAUUUGAGUUCUAGUCAUACCUUGAUUGUGAAUCGGCAAAUUCAAGCUGCUUAGCUGCAAAAAACCAAGCCACACUCUACCUGUUGACCACAUGAAGCAGAGGCCAUGUCCGCAGGCUUGGUUUUGGAUUUUGGCGGUGUCAUGAGAUGGACAUACUGUGUGUGCUGAAGCUAUUGACACGGAAACUACACAACAAUGGCUAAUCGUAUUAUGUCUGUAUUUUCCCUUGGUGCCAGAUCACAGUAUUUUUCUAUAUCCUGUGUUGCUAUUCUAGGGUGUCUUAUAAACUUCAGGCUUCAGACCAGUUGUCAGCUUCGAGGUCACUGUUGUGUUUUCUCUCAGUGGCUUUUUGAGUGAAGUGCAUUCAGGAAAAGGGAAAGUAUUUUUAAUUACCCAGAGUGCAGAUUUUGUCCUGACAACCUGGCAAUGGUUAGCCUUUAGGGACCUACGGACACAACACAUCAGCUGCCCAAAUGACACUGCCACAAAUAUAACUACGUUAAGUAGCAGAUUGUUGUGUUCAUGACUCACAAUCUUGGCAGUUUUGUCAAAGAUAUGCACCCUUUCUGGCACCUGUAGUGUUAAAUCUAGUAGGGAAAGACUACUGUAUCAGCUUCCGUAUUUCAUUUCUCAUGAUUUAGGUUUGAAACUCUAUACAAUGAUUUGCACAUAGGAAUAGUCCUAUUCCCAAAAGCAUUUGAAGAUUUAUACGUCGUAAAGAUCUAUUGCGUUACUGGUGUGUCGUUAGGGUUGGAUGUCAUAGCAUGUUAUUUGAAAGAAAUUCAAGUCCUGAUCAAGAUUUAAAUGGAAACACACAGAGAAGGACCUGGUUCACUUUAUCCUAGACAAAUGUAUCUCUUCAAACUGUUUUAACAGUGAAGACUGUGCAACUGCUAAUUUGAAUAUUUCAACUAUAUAAUGAAAUCUGCUUUGAAAUAACCACCAAAAAACUGAAAGUGAAAAUGUGUUUGAGACAUUAAGAAUGGCGUAGAAUAUGUGAUAUACAGCCUCUAAACCAGUAUUUUUAAAGAAAUCAUUUUUGAAAAUCAAAUGUCUAAGUAUAAUACAUGUACAGAAUAUCUGAAAUCUUUGUCUUUCUAAAACCAUACUAAUAAGGGUACCUCAGUCACUUUUAUUUCUGAUAAUAUUGUAAUAGUUUAUUUUUGUAUUUUACAUUUUGCACAGGAAGGAUUACAAAAAAGAAAGAGGGGGAGGAGAAGUGUCUAGAAACACUCUUAAUGUUCUUUGAAUUCUGAUCAACCAGCAGUUGUUCUCAUCGGUCUGCUUUGGAGAAUGAGUUCACAUAAUUGAGAAUUUAGGUUAAUCCCCUUGGCCUGGUAUUACAUUCAUAACGAAAUUGGAAUAUCGCAUCACAGUUAUAUCAAAGUGACUUCUAAACUAAGCAGUGAAGCUGGCCCGAUUAAUUUCUGUUGGCAUCAAGGAAUUAUCAGAUCCCUUUAUUAGGAUUUUUUUUUUUAAAUCAACUAACUUGAAACCUUUUGUACCUUUGAAUUUGAACCACUUAUUUUAACACAUGGUUUUAAUAGAUGUGAUAUUCAUCCUGUUUUGUUAGUUCUUCACCCAGCCUUUUUGUAUCAAAAGCCAAAAAGCAUGUUGAAGUACGUUACCUUACACACUGACUUAAACCCAUGGACAUUGGAGUAAGUGGUAAAAUUAAGUAGGCUGAACUUGGUUUCCUCUGAAUGCCUUUGGCAGUAUAUAGGAAAACUCUACGUUCAGACGAAAGAACUACAGUAGGUCUAAGAUUUCUAUGUAUAGUGCUUGAAGUGCAUGGCACUUAGGUUAUUCUUUUCAUAUAAAGAGAGCCAACAUCAUUAUUUUAAGUGUUCUGCAACCACUUGUAUAUGUUUUACUAAUUAUUUAUUACUAUGUAAUGUUCUUUUUUUAGUAUUGCUGCUAUCAUUAUUCCAUACUUUUUAAAGUUUAUUAUUUGUGAAAUCUGUACACUAAUCUUUAUUUUAUAUAUGAAUGAAAGUAUUUAAAAAUGCUGCUAUUAAAAACUAGGUAAAAGGAAGAAAGAAAUAAAUAAAUAGAAGACCGUGAAGGUGAAGUUAGCAGUGACUGAGGCUAGACCGCAGAGGUCAUGUUCCUGUUUGUGAAAUAUGCAAUAAAACCCAACAACUUUAUUUACUA